ACUUGGCUGAAGUCCCUCCCUCCGAGUUUGCCCCGUCAGUGCUGCUCACUCAAGUUCCUUUACACACACACCCAACCACACAAGGGAGUUUAUAGUAAACAGAGAACUUCAUAUGAAGCGGAUGAGGCUGAUACAGCGCAAGAUAUUUAUUUUCUUCUACUUGAAUUCUACUUUUUAGUCACGGGUUUGAUCUGGUAAUUAAAGAGGUGGUUGCUAAGAGAUGACAGUCGGUGACAUUGGUGAAAGCCUCAGAUGUUCAGCAGACUGAAGCUUCACUCGUUUGGGAUCUUUUUCCUGCACGCCUCAGUCUGUACCUGGCUCAUAUGAAGGACGUGGCAAACGAUCUUCUAUCAACAGACUCAUAGUUACCAUGGCAGCUUUUACUGCUCCAUUUGCCAACGCCAGUGCCAUGAACUCCAUGUUGGCCCAUACCGCCUGGCGAAGCCAAGAAAGCAGUGAUGAGGCAAGUACGAGUGGGAACGGGAACGUUGGACAGAACACUAUUCUGGAGAAAACCCACGAGUUCUUCCAGAUGUGUGACAUCGAGAACAAGGGUUUCAUCACCCGACGGGACAUGCAGCGGCUGAACAGUGAGCUUCCUCUAAGUGCGGAGGAGUUGGAGAAUGUAUUUGAUACCCUUGAUUCUGAUAACAACGGAUACCUCACCCUGGAAGAGUUCUCCUCCGGCUUUAGUUCCUUUUUGUUUGGUAAUACCAUUGCUGAAGAGGAAGUCAUGGGGGAGAAGAACAGCUUGCCAGAGGUCCUGUACCAGACACACACAGAAGAGGGCCUGGUAAAAGCAGAAGAGGAUGAGGAGGAAAAACACUUUUGCAUGCUUAUGGAGAGCCUUGGAGCCAACAAUGUCUUUGAAGAUCCUGCUGAAGUGCGCAGUCUUUGGGCCCAGCUGCGCCGGGAUGAACCACACCUUUUAUCCAAUUUCGAGGACUUCCUAGGUAGAGUGACAUCCCAGAUCCGAGAGGCCAACCAGGAGAAGAGGGAGAUGGAGAGUGCUCUCAAAAGGAAAGCAGCAACACAUGAUAAUGAGAUCCAGCGACUAUACGAGGAGAUGGAGCAGCAAAUAAAAAGUGAAAAGGAGAGAAUUGUGCUGCAGGACUAUGAGCGGUUUCUGUCUCGCAGUCAGGACCUGGAGCUGCAGCUGUCCCGUAAGGAGAAGGCGCUGGAACAACUGUUCCAGAAACAGAAAAGACUGGAGAGUCAGUGCCAGGAACUACACAGCGAGCAGCAUGUGACCAAGGUGGAGAAUGUGAAGUUAAAGCAGACAAAUGACGAGUUGGCACAAGAGCUGGAAAACACCUCCCAGGAGCUGAUGUUGGCACAGGAGCAGCUGAGUUUACUGCAAGAGCAGUCCACACGGCUACAUGAAGAAAAAGAGAUAGAAAUAUACAGACUAACUGAAGGCCUGCAGAGAGAGCGAGAAAGUCUCCUUAAACAACUGGACCUGCUAAGAACAGCGCUGAGGAGCAAACAUCUCAAUAAUGAAGACAAUGUAGACUUGGUGAUGAGCGACAUUCAUCCUCGCAUGUCUUCAGCCUCGCACCAACAAAGCAUGGAGAAAAUGGAAACCCCCUCGUCUCCGAGAGGCCAGCCUGUUGGCAAAGAGAACAGCGUGAAUGAGGAGGUUAGCACUUUAGCACCUGAACGCCUCUUCAAGAUCGUCCUGGUAGGAAAUUCUAGUGUCGGAAAGACCUGCCUCCUCCGACGAUUUUGUGAUGACGCCUUCCACCCUGGCACCUCCGCCACUGUGGGUAUAGACUACAGUGUAAAAACAAUAGCUGUGGAUAACAGCCAGGUGGCGCUGCAGCUGUGGGAUACAGCAGGACAGGAGAGGUAUCGAAGCAUCACCAAGCAGUUCUUUCGUAAGGCUGAUGGUGUGGUUGUGAUGUAUGAUAUCAGUACCGAGGAGAGUUUCACAGCUGUAAGACAGUGGCUCACUAGUGUUAAGGAAGGGGCGGGUGAGGACAUCCCCGUCAUGCUCCUGGGAAACAAAACAGACAAAGAGACUCAAAGAGAAGUUCAGAAAAGUAUCGGCGAAAGAUUAGCCAAGGUCUGUGUGUGUUGUUUCUCGGGUGUUGUAGUUUCUAUAGUUACUGGACAGUCUUGUGAACUAAUAUUGCUAAUUCUGAAAGAGCAGGAAGACCAAGAAAAGGAGAAGACUGUCCAUCUCGUCAGUAUCCACUCAGAGAAGAAGAGAUCCUGCUGCUGACAGAUAAACAGUUGACACUUACACAGAAGCACUACCCUUUACGUAGAUACACGUUGUAAAAGUGCGAUCACAUGUGCAAGCGACAACAUAUCGUGCUGAUUGUCAUGACAAAAUUGUUUACUCUUUGCAUUAAAAGCUCUCUGUUAUAAAUGUGUGAUUUGCCAAACUAGUGACAGUUUAGAAAUCACUUAUUCACGAGGAUGAAGUGAAACACGAGUCAUAGCUAGUAUGUGGAUUUCCCUCCGUGGGUCAGAUGUAAAUAUCACUGAACAAAUGUUAAGCUAAGUUCACUCUUUUUCAAGUUAAAUGAAGGAUACUUACUCACAGUUGAAUGUAACUCACAAAUUUCCAAUAUUUAAUAAUCUUCCAAAAUCUUUGUAGUAUUCAAAUGUGGAGUUUUUGCUUUUUAUAUAUGAAUUCAGUGUUUAAAUGUUUCGCCUUUACAUCUUUUUCAAACAUUUCAGGUGGAUGUAAUAACUGUAGCAUACGACUCAUUGUCAAACAACAUUGCAUUUAACACUACUUUUGAAAAGUCUUUGGUGUUCAGGUUUAGAUCGCUUUUUAAGUUCGUGCUUAGUCUUUGGACCAAGAUUAACUGGUGUUAAAUAACAUUUCGGGAUAUUAUGGUUGCUUCACUUGGUGAACUGCAGUUAUAUCUUUUUAAUGAACAAACAAAACAUGUUGUUUAGUAUUUGUCCCACAGCUGUUAUUGUUGAUGUUAUUUUAUAUUAUAGGUGUUGUUAUAGCAGUACUGCAAGUUACUCGGCUACCUGUGUAUUAACAUGAGCUUUAUUUUGAAAGACACACCCUUGUUCCCAAGAGACCAGACAGUUGACAAAUAUUUAUUCAACUUUUCACUUUACUAUGUUGGUGCCAAGUAUUUAUGAAAGUGAUAUUCCUGUAACUUGAUAUGUAAUUUGUAACAAUGUGGCUUUGGUAAAAAAAACAAACAAAGUACUCUCACUAACAGUGAAUCACUACUGCCAGGAUCUUGCACAUUACUCUAAUGUAGACAUACAUAUGUAUAUAAAAAUGGAAAUGGUGAUAACUUAAUAAUAGCUAUGUGUACAGUUUAUGUGAAAAGCACAGGAGGCACCAUGAAAUAAAAAUAUAUUGUACAGCA